UGAACGUCAGAAGCUGACACAGAAGCUGAUGCAGGAGCCGAUGAAGAAGCCGAGGCAGGAACUGACGAGGCUGAUGCAGGAGCCGAUGAAGAAGCCGAGGCAGGAACUGACGAGGCUGAUGCAGGAGCCGAAGAAGAAGCCAAGGCAGGAACUGACGAGGCUGAUGCAGGAGCCGAAGAAGAAGCCAAGGCAGGAACUGACGAGGCUGAUGCAGGAGCCGAAGAAGAAGCCAAGGCAGGAACUGACGAGGCUGAUGCAGGAGCCGAUGAAGAAGACUGGCAAGGAACUGAUGAGGCUGAUGCAGGAGCCGAUGACGAAGACUGGCCAGGAACUAAUGAGGCUGAUGCAGGAGCCGAUGAAGAAGACUGGCCAGGAACUAAUGAGGCUGAUGCAGGAGCCUCCAAUAAAGAAGUCGACACAGGAGCCUUCAACAAAGGAAGCUGAGUGGUUUCUUCGGCAGACCGCCUUUGUCCUCAACUGCUAAAGGAGGAAAAAACAAAACACAAGAUGGGCAAAAGUCAGUGUCAAAGCAGCAAGAAGACAAUCUCAUCAGCACAGUGUUUUGAUAUUGUGUGUAAUUGAUUUAUUUAUUAAUAAAAGAUUUAUGCUA